CUGCCAUGUCAGUGUUUACACACUGACGUAGUCAACCUUACAAGGCGUUCCAAACUAGCGAUUAACGUACUCUUUUAGGAAUUAGGUAAUUUUUAAUUCAUAAACGGUCCGGAGAUCGUAGUUUGACUAGGGUGAUCUUUCGUCUAAAAUUCUUCAGGGAUUCAAGACGUUAAAGCGAGCCCUGAAGGCCAGGCAGUGUUUUAACGAAGCGGAUCGCUGACCAACCAAUAUGACACGAGCAACACUACUGUUGUGCUUUACGUUAUUUGUCCUGACACAUGCGGCCCCAGAGCCCAGCAAACGCGGUUGCUGUGCCCCGGGACCCGACUGCGAUAAUCCCUGCGCGGACCAACAGGAGCCAGCUCCUGAACCUCAGCCGGACCAGGCACCACCCAUGGCAGGAUACAUGCCGGCACCUGACUCCCAACAACAAUUCAUGCCCGCUCCUGAUGGCCAACAACAAUUUAUGGCUCCACCUGAAGGCCAACAACAAUUCAUGCCUGCACCACCGGAGCAGCAGCAAAUGGACCAGCCAGCGCCAACGGAUCAACAACAACAGGACUGCUGUCCGCCAGGACCUUCCUGCUUCAACCCGUGCCCUGCCCCACCUCCUCCACCACCCAGUUUCUUCGUCCCUCCUCCACCCCCACCCCCAGCGGCCUGUUGUCAGCCAGGUCCUACUUGCGCCAAUCCUUGCCCAAUGCCCCCACCCAUGCCUGACAUGGGAAUGGCAGGAUGCUGUGACCCGUCUGUCAUGCCAGUGUGCCCAAACCCCUGCCAACCCCCACAUCCGCCCAGAACUGCUUACGCACCAUACCCAGGUGAAAUUACAAUGAAACUCAAGCAGCCGUGGAAGUCGGAAUUCACUGACCACGCCUCUCCUGCUUACCAGAUCCUCGCGGGUAACCUUGCUACAGCGAUAAAAACAGCUUUGCGAAGAGAAGCCUAUGUCAACAAUAUUUAUUUCAGGGAAGGAUACGUGCCCGGAAACCCUUCAACUCAGCCAAUCACAGUGGCGCAUUUUAUGGUGGAUGGUGGAUCAGACGACGCGUCGCUUCUACAGCAAACAGUAACACCUGACGAGUCUCUCGGAGAUGGACUUAAAGUUUACAAGGAUUCAUUUAACGCCUACUAGAAACAAAGCCACUGACAAGUAAACGACUUGCAGGACAAAAUAACGACAGAAAAGUUACAACGGACGGACAUGAAUUGAUGGUGUGGGACACUACACUGCCCUGUACAUAGAGUCCAAAUCGACUGACACCGUUUUCUAGGUUUCAAAAAAAGUUUUGUUUGGUGUCGAAAUGUGAAGCAAUUGUAAAAAAAUAUUUGCGCUGAAGGACGCGUACAUCAAGGAGACAGUUCAUGCUCAAUACGUAAAGAGCAGAUUGAACCGUGUUAUUACUGGUAAACACGUAUGUUAUUAUAUUAAGCUACUUCAAUGUUGCUGUGUAGCGGGAUCGUGACAGGUUGUACAAAAGCGUUUUUCUUCACUCACAUAUUUAGUGUCCUAGAAGAGCUAGAGAUCCAAUUCAGGUGUAGUAAUUGUGAAAAUAAAUCACUCCUUUAAAUUAAAUACAAAAAUUCUUAAUUAAAACGAGAGGAUAUUUUGUGUCCGCAGGACGUUUACUUUGAUUUAAAGUUGGUGUUAUCAAAACGAUUCAUCUUGGAUGAUUUUUCUGUUGUCGAAGGAAACAGCUCUGGUUGGCCAAAAUAUUAAAGCAUUCGAACUGGUUCCUAAAGCAAUGAA